AUGGUUCCUCCUCAGAUCACUUCGACUUUCCACGUCCACAGCGGACAGAGCCACCUCAAGUGGUCCAAGUCUAUUACACCAGUGUUAUCUGUGGACUCAAAGGAUGUUGUAAACUUUGACACCAUUGAUGGGAGCAAUGGGCAGAUCACACCCACUUCGACUAUCGAAGACGUUCUCAAAUUCAAGGCUGAGCUAGCAGAUCCUCUGUUCGGGCCUGUUUACGUUCGCGGCGCGGAACCGGGCGACACUCUCGAGGUUGAAGUGUUGGAGCUCAAAACUGCCGCCUGGGGAUGGACUGCCCUUGUACCUGGUUUUGGUCUCCUGACAGACGACUUCCCAGAGGCUCAGCUCAAAAUAUGGCAACUUGAUCCCCGCGGUUCAUAUGCGACAUUUAAGGACGGUAUCCGAAUUCCAACCCAUCCCUUCCUUGGAGUCAUGGGGGUAGCCCCGGCGGAGGGCGAAUUCCCUACAAUUCCACCCCUUGACACGGGAGGAAACAUCGACACCCGCCACAUCAUAGCUGGGGCGAAGCUCUUCCUACCCGUCAGAGCUCCAGGUGCAUUGUUUAGUUGCGGGGAUGGACACGCAGCUCAGGGUGAUGGUGAAGUGUGCGGGACAGCCAUUGAGACUCCAAUGCAGGUCAAGCUACGACUCACGGUCAGAAAGGACAUGUCUUGGGUUACUUCUCCUAAUUACACUGCGCCCUCAUCAGCACUUACUCUAGCUGAAGACAGAGGAUACUAUGCCGUCCUCGGCAUUGACUCGGAUCUGUUAGAAGCUACGCGCAAGGCCGUUCGCGGAGUUAUUGAAUACCUGGUUCAAACGAAGAACUUGACGCGGGUGGAAGCAUAUAUGCUUGCUAGUGUUUCUAUCAGCCUACGAGUUUCCGAAGUAGUAAACGUCCCUAACUAUGGAGUUUCUGCUAGCGUGCCGCUGCAUAUCUUUAUAGAUGCUUCUUAG